GUAAAAAUUUAGCACUGAUAAAUACUUUGGAAGUUUACAUAUGAAAAUAAAAAGCAAUCAUCAAUCACUUCGAAAAGCCAAAAAAUACAUUAGCCUUCAAUCUUCAAACAAAAAACAUUCAUCAAUUCCCAAGACUUUCCAUUUACACACAGACAAUUUCCUAAUCUAAUCUUACACUCACUCUUCUUCUUGGAUUUGGGUUUGGGUUUUUCUCUUCUUUUUCACUGUAUGCUUCUAUGUUCUAGGGUUUUGCAAAAACACAUUCUUUUUACCCCUCCCGACAAAAAACACUCCAAAUUAUAAAAUAUCAUACCCACAUUAUAUUUUUCACAAACCUGUUUGCCAGAUUUUCUUUUAAUGUUAUUUAAUCUCGGAUUUGGAGCAAGUGUUGCUGUUUCUUGUUUUCUUUUUCCGGGUUCAGAUAAAAUUUGAGAUCGGAGCAAAAAGUUGGAGGUUUUUCCUUUAUGUUAAACAGUUUAAAGUUUGAUUUAAUUAACUUAGCAAAAGAUCGGAUCUUUAUCUAUCAGUAGACGUUUGAUGUUAAUCAAGAGUUGUCAAUCCAAAGAAGAAUUAGUUUUACGACCAUGCAUUUUGAUAAGCUCGAUGAUUCUCCAAUGUUCCGUAAACAGAUACAAAACUUCGAGGAAAGCUCUGAAUUCUUGAGGGAGAGAUGUCUGAAGUUCUACAAAGGAUGUCGAAAAUACACUGAAGGGCUUGGCGAGGGAUAUGAUGGAGACAUAGCUUUUGCUAGUUCUCUGGAAAGUUUUGGUGGAGGGCAUAACGAUCCCAUUAGUGUAGCUUUUGGAGGUCCUGUCAUGACAAAAUUUACAAUUGCACUCAGGGAAAUUGGAACGUAUAAAGAAGUCCUUCGAUCUCAGGUUGAGCACAUGCUGAAUGAUCGAUUGCUGCAGUUUGUCAACUUAGAUUUGCAUGAUGUAAAGGAAGCGAGGAAACGCUUCGACAAGGCUACUCUUCUUUAUGAUCAGGCUCGUGAGAAAUUUUUGUCAUUGAGGAAAGGAACGAAGAGUGAUGUAGAAUCAGUAUUGGAGGAGGAGCUUCAUCAUGCUCGGUCAAAUUUUGAGCAAGCUCGCUUCAGUCUGGUAACUGCUCUAUCCAAUGUUGAAGCCAAAAAAAGGUUUGAAUUUUUGGAAGCAGUUAGUGAAACUAUGGCUGCUCAUCUUCGUUAUUUCAAACAGGGUUAUGAGCUGUUGCAUCAGAUGGAACCAUAUAUUAACCAGGUCUCAACUUAUGCAAAGCAGUCAAGAGAGCAAUCAAACUAUGAGCAGGCAGCUCUCAACGAGAGGAUGCAAGGUUACAAAAGACAGAUUGAUAGAGAAAGCAAAUGGUCUUCCAAUGGUUCUAAUGGAUCUCCUAAUGGGGAUGGAAUACAAGCUAUUGGAAGAAGUUCACAUAAGAUGAUAGAGGCUGUCAUGCAAUCUGCUGCAAAAGGAAAGGUUCAAACAAUCAGACAAGGUUAUCUUUCCAAACGUUCCUCGAACUUGAGAGGUGACUGGAAAAGAAGGUUCUUUGUUCUUGAUAGCAGAGGAAUGUUGUAUUAUUAUCGCAAACAAAGCAGCAAACCAUCAGGGUCUGGCAGUCAACUUUCUAGUCAAAGAAAUAGUUCUGAACUUGGUUCUGGGUUGCUUAGUCGUUGGCUGUCUUCUCAUUAUCAUGGUGGCGUACAUGAUGAAAAAUCUGUUGCUCAUCACACCGUGAACUUGUUGACGUCAACAAUUAAAGUUAAUGCUGACCAGUCAGAUCUUAGGUUCUGCUUCCGGAUUAUAUCACCAACAAAAAACUACACCUUACAGGCGGAGAGUGCCUUGGAUCAAAUGGAUUGGAUCGAGAAGAUUACUGGGGUAAUUGCGUCAUUACUAAGUUCUCAGACUCCUGAAAGGUGUUUGUCUGGUAGUCCAAUGGGUAGCGGUCAUCAUAGAUCAACCAGUGAAAGUAGUUCAUUGGAAAGCUCUGAUUUUGAUCAUGGAGCAGUUGAAGAGUACCCACCUGAGAGGCUUGCUUCUGCGCAUAUAGAUCGUUCUUUGAGAAGCUCACAACACCAAAGAUCUGUUCUGAAAAGUGAAAAGCCAAUUGACAUAUUGCAGAAAGUAUGUGGUAACAACAAGUGUGCUGAUUGUGGUGCUCCUGAACCAGAUUGGGCAUCCUUGAAUCUAGGUGUUCUUGUCUGCAUUGAAUGCUCUGGUGUUCACCGCAAUCUUGGUGUACAUAUAUCUAAGGUGAGGUCACUGACUCUUGAUGUUAAAGUUUGGGAACCAGCUGUCAUAAAUCUGUUUCAGUCUCUGGGCAACACCUUUUCAAAUUCAGUCUGGGAGGAAUUGUUGCAGUCGAAGGGUGUCUUCCAGGUUGAUCUUGGCUCUACAGGCUUGUACAGGCCUAAUAAACAGCAAAUAGUUUAUUUCAGCAAGCCCAGUGCUAUUGAUUCAAUUUCAACAAAGGAAAAAUUUAUUCAUGCAAAGUAUGCAGAAAAAAUUUUCAUGCGGAAAUCCAAGGAAAAUCGUUCAGUGGCACAACAGAUGUGGGAUGCUGUACGUGCUAAUGAUAAGAAGGCUGCGUAUAGACUCAUAGUUAACUCCGAUGCAGAUGUAAAUACUAAAUAUGGUCAAGGAACUUGUAACACUACUCUUACCCUUGCCAGAUUAGCUCUGUAUCAAGAACAAACCUCCUUUGAUCAGUAUUCUGGUUUUCUGGAGCCGUCGUCUAGCUCUACAAGUACUGGUGAAGACAGUGUAUCGGAAGGUCUUCAUGGAUGCUCGUUGCUUCACCUCGCAUGUGAAACUGCAGAUAUUGGAAUGAUAGAGCUUCUUCUGCAAUACGGUGCAGACAUAAAUGCUUCAGAUUCCAGGGGUCACACACCUCUUCAUUCUUGUAUUGUCAGAGGCAAAACUACAUUUGCCAAGCUGCUUCUUACAAGGGGAGCUGAUACACGAGCUAUAAACGAGCAAGGUAAAACCCCGUUCCAGCUUGCGAUGGAAACAAAUUAUGACGACAGUGAGAUCCUGGCUUUAUUAUCGAACGGGUAAUGGACGCAAGAUAACGGAGAAUGAUAUCGUUGGCCUCUCUGUUUGGGUGCAGUUUACUGUAAUUACAUGUGGUACUAGUUUAAGGUUUAUUAAAUUUGGGAUAUGAAAUUUGGUUAAGCAGUCUGUUUAUCUAGUUUGCUAAAUAGUAUGGUGAGUUGUUACAAGGUUUUGUUGUAAUAUAAUCAAUUAAUUAAUUAAUGUAGAUUUGACUUAAUUUUUGUUCUCA